AUGGCGUCGUCUCGGUCGACAGCCCCCGGGGCCGCCGGAGCCAAGCAGCGUCUUGCAUCCGAGUUCGCCUCGCUGCUAAAGGAGCCGUGGGUUCACUUCCAUGACCCGGACAUGAUUGCAGCCAACCUCUUCCACUGGAAAUUCGGACUGGUGGUCACGAACCCGGACUCGGACUUUUACGAGGGCUACUUCAAGGUCGACAUGUCCUUCCCCACAGACUACCCAUACUCUCCACCUCAGUUCAAGUUUGCGACAUCGACUGGCAUCUUCCACCCAAAUGUCUAUCCAGAUGGACGGACGUGCAUAUCAAUCCUGCAUCGACCGGGAGAGGACCUGAUGUCUGGCGAGAUGGCUUCUGAGCGAUGGUCGCCGCUACAGGGCGUAGAGUCGGUGCUGCGCUCGGUCCUCCUUCUGCUCGACGACCCGGAGAUUGGAUCACCAGCCAACGUAGACGCAUCGGUUACAUAUCGUGACGACCGGGCCAGGUACAAGCAACGGGCGCGCGAAGCGGUGGCACGGAGCCACAAGGAUAAGCCUGAGGAUUUUGUCAUGCCCGAGAGCCUCGAGGUCGCCAAGCCGCCACCCAAGGCCGACUACGACGAGGACUUCUUCCAGCCGAGCGACGAGGGUGAGUUUGACUUUGGCGGUAGCGACACUGACGACGAGGGGGACAUGGAGUUUGAGGAAGAGGAUGAGGAUGACGAGGAUGUCAAGAUGGACACGGAGGAGAAGGCUGAGAGGCGGCAAAAGAAGGCUGAAGACAGCGAUGAUGGGGCUUUGUGA